AUGAAGGUAAUCGUGCUGUUAGCAUUUGUUGCUCUGGUAGCCGCUGAAGUGGAGUACUACAAAACUGGCAAUGACCACCUCAACAUAGAAGCUCUCGUCGCCAACCGCGUAGAACUCAAAGCGUACUUGGACUGCUUCAACGACGUAGGACCCUGCACAGAACUGACCACCAGCUAUAAGAAAAAUAUACCUGAGGCAAUUCAACAAGCGUGCAGGCGGUGCAAUGCCAACCAGAAAUACAUGUUCUGGCGGUUCCUCCAAGGAGUCAAGGAGGCUUUUCCCGAAGAAUAUCUAACCUUUAGACGUCACUAUGAUCCUGAAGAUAAAUAUUUCGAUGCAUUGGAGAAAGAGAUUUCAAAAUUUACGAAAUUUGCCGACAAA